AUGGCAACAGAUAUUUACAGAAGGCCGCACGCGCCGCCCCCGGCGCCCCCGGCCGCGCCGCGCCCCCCGCGCCUCCCCGGCGCGCCCGCGGCCUUCCUGCGCUACAUGCGGCAGCCAAUCAAGCGGGAGCUCCUCUGCCAGUGGCUGCAGCCCGAGCCGCCGGCCGCGCCGCCGCCCGCCGCCCGGCCCUGCUCCAAGACCUUCGGCACCAUGCACGAGCUGGUGACCCACGUCACGGUGGAGCACGUGGGCGGCCCGGAGCAGAGCAGCCACGUCUGCUUCUGGGAGGACUGUCCGCGCGAGGGCAAGCCCUUCAAGGCCAAGUACAAGCUCAUCAACCACAUCCGCGUGCACACGGGCGAGAAGCCCUUCCCCUGCCCGUUCCCGGGCUGCGGCAAGGUGUUCGCGCGCUCCGAGAACCUCAAGAUCCACAAGCGCACUCAUACAGGGGAAAAGCCUUUCAAAUGUGAAUUCGAUGGCUGUGACAGGAAGUUUGCCAACAGCAGUGAUCGGAAGAAACACUCCCACGUCCAUACCAGCGACAAGCCCUACUACUGUAAGAUCCGGGGCUGCGACAAGUCCUACACUCACCCCAGCUCCCUGCGGAAGCACAUGAAGAUACACUGCAAGUCGCCCCCUCCCUCCCCGGGAGCCCUCGGCUACUCCAUGGGGACCCCAGGUGGCGACAGCCUGUCCCCCGUGCUGGACACAGCCAGGAGCCGCUCCAGCACGCUGUCCCCUCAGGUCACCAACCUCAACGAGUGGUAUGUUUGCCAGGCCAGCGGGGCCCCUGGCCACCUCCACACGCCCUCCAGCAAUGGGACCACCUCCGAGUCUGAAGACGAGGAAGUGUACGGGGCCCCUGAAGUCGUGCGGACGCUCCAUUAGAACCACCACUGCGUGAGACAGGGAGCCGGGACCCUCUGACUGCACCCUAACCUGAGACAAACUGGCUCAGGCUCCCACCGGCUCCCGGUAGUCCUAUUUAUUCAGUAUGAAACCCUAUGGUGUUUGUACAUUUGAGUAAUUUAAUUAAGAUAUUUGGUUGGGGUUUUGUUUUUCCUUUCCUCUUUCUCCUAAAAAGAAACAAAAACAAAAACAAAAAUAAAUAAAUAAAACAGAAGAGGAGGAGGGGCGUAGCUCAGUGGUAGAGCACCUGCCCUGUGUGCAUGAGGCCCUGGGCUCAGUUUCCGGCAGUAACAGCAAAUAACAAACAGCCAAGCUGAGCUUGUCCGUUGCAGGGGGCCGCCUGGAGGCCGAGUCUGUCAAGGAAAAUGAGGGAAGGGAUUGAGACAUGCACUGCCAGUCCAAUGUAUGUGCACACGCAUGUGCGCACGCAUGCCUAUGUGUCCAGUAUUAGGUCAGAGGUUAGCACAGCAGCCAGGCCUCUGUGUGUCCUGGAGUGCCUCCGGAUGCCUCAGGCACUGGCAUGAGGGCUGCUUUUUGAGCCUCUUGAUUGUAAAACACACUUUCUGCACUGACAACAGAUCCUGGACUGUGCCUGUGUCUAAAAGGUUUUGUAUAACAAACAAACGAAACUUUGGUUUCUAAUAUCAUUUUAAUUCCUAUGCUUUUCUUAUUGCCCUCACCGUGACAUGCUAUUUUUAUACAGGAUUGUUCCUUCAGUGUCUUUCCUUGUGUGGUUUAAAAACAACGGAACAGCCAGCGGAGUGCGGCCACCUCCACACAGCUCCAUAAGCCGUGCUACUGUGACUAGGUAGAGGAGCUGCUGAGACAGAAAACUGGGCAACUGAUCUUUUAUAAACUAGAAGGAAUUCAAGUGCUUUCUUUUUCCUCUGCUGGGUCGUGUUGUUUUGAUUUUAAAUUGGGGAUUUCAGAUGCCUCCUUGCUGUGCCCAAACUUGAGGGCUGGUAGGAAGUUGUAUUUUUGACCACAAGGUCUUCAGGACACCAGCACGCACAGGGAGGUCUGAGGUGUCGGGGUGCCAUCCGGACCGUUUUCAAAGCUUAGGCCAGCUCCUCAUUUGUGCUACUUUAUCAACCUUUUUUUAAAAAUGUCUUUGUUUUUAGUGAAUUUUCCUUCAUCUGUGACAUGUCAUCUGAAAAUGACAGUGUAAAGUAUAUGAUUUACACUAUAAGAGGAGGAGUUGCUAUACAUGAUAAAAUUUUUAAAAGGUUUAUAGUUGCCACCAAACACUGAAUGUGUGACCUUUGCCAGAGCAGGAUGCAAAGGGUCAAGGACCCAGGACAAUAACUCUUAAUUUAUGUUCAGUUGGCACAACACAUCUCCUGUGCAAACUGUAGCCCAUCAAAAACAUCACACAUGUACUAAGGUACUCAUUUAUCCUCAGAGACCCUGAAGACACCCCCAUUAUUUGUAGAAAUUUGUUUUGUGUGCUGUGAGUGGUUGAUGUAGUCUUGUCAUUGUUAAUAACUUGUCUGUGAAUAGUUUUAUUUGUACAGUUUUUAAUUAAUUUAUUUUUAGAGAUCCUUUUUCUGGAAGAGUUCAAAGCACACCAAAGAAAUAUAUUAUACAUUUUGGUGAAAGAUUGUCAUUUAUGAUCCAUGGUUUAUUUAAGAAAAAAGAAGGAAAGUGGGAAAAUAGAAACUAUAUUUUUGAGCUUACUUGAAUGGACAAGGUAACGUGAAACCUUGACGCUCUUCCUGCAUGCCUUUGCCUCACGUUGGUGAGAUUAUGGGUAGUUUGUAGAGAUAGUACGGUGCAUGGUGCUGUUGGUGGAUGCCCUUCAGUGUUGUCUUCAGAUUCUUACAGUGAACAGGAAACAUGCAAACCCUCCUUUACAGAGAGAAAGACCUACAACUUGAAUAUAAAAUAAUUCUACACUUAAAAAGUUUGACUUUUCCUGAUAUUCACUUUCUAAGUCCUUUCAAAUAGAAAAGGUAAGGUAUGAACUUGAGUGGGAUAAUUUAUGUACUGUAAACUUGUUAGAACAAAAUAUUCCUGAUGUAUAAUGAGUUGUUUUAUUUAUACAACUUUUUCAAUGGUAGUUUGCACUAUUCUUUAUCAUGCUACAGGUUUAUUUAUUAUGAAACAAAGGAAUAUGUAUUUUAUGUAUUUUGCCAUGCAUAGGUUAAUGCCACAGAUUUAUUGGUUCCUGAUACACUGAAAAUGAAACCUUGAAAUGUGUACCUCCGUUAGAAACAGGCAAGAAUGAUGGUGGGCAAAUGUAAUAAAGGCAUUCUUCCUAUGC